AUGGAAUCCCUGUCUCAACUGAAUUGUCCUCCCAGCCCACCCAGCCCAGCCAAUAUUAAAUACCAAGGCCAUCAGGGUGACAGCGGGUAUGAGCGACAAGCUCUCCACCUCCCCGUCGACCAAACGGAUGUCACCAAGCUUCCAGUCAUUCCGGGACCGGGUUGUUACUCCGCCUCCGAAGGACUGGUCUAA